AUGAGCGCAAGCCAGCAACAAAACUACCCAGUACCUCCUCAUCAGGGUUCUGAAGCACAGACUUUAUCGAGAGCCUCUCCGGGAGCAAAUGGGCAACCUCAAAUGAGUGGACAAUACCAAGGUCACGAAUACCAACAAUACCGCAAUUAUUCUUACUAUCCUCAUGAAUAUCCUAGCCAGCAUGUACCGCCACCGGGCGCCAGUGGUUCAUAUGCUCAGCAGCCACCUGCAAACUUUCCUCCCCAACAAUCACACCAGCAGAGUUUAACACUUAAUCAGCUUUUGCAGCAAAGCAAUUCUCCAGGCCCUCAGCAGUCUCGAGGUGGUGCCACUCUCUCAUCCUCGGUUCCAUCGCCUUCAGGACCAGUCCGCAAUCCUUACGAUCAAUACGGUUACCAAGGGAAGACUGAGAAUUCCCAGGUAGAAGAUAAAUCAAUUCUCAUUUUGAGAAUUCUCUCAUUUACUCCUUAA